GACUUUGUGAUAUUAACACUUUUACUACAUGCUCCACUAUAGAUUAUAUUUUGCGGAAUAUAUCACACAAAUUAUAAUAAAGCCUAUUGUUAGAGCGGAAAAGGAUGUGUGAUAAGAGAAUAUGUGAGCUGCGAGGAGACCGUAUCAUGAUUCACAUUUUACAAUUCAGAUAGUCUUCUUAGUCUAUGUAUACUUCAGUGUUUAAUCUUUAGUACAUUAAAAUUAUGUUGAAAAAGGGAUACUUCGAUUUUGGUAGAUCGGAAGGAUUUCCGACUCAAUAUCCAGAAAACAAAACUGCGGUGACUGUUGAUGUGUUAGAAACUGGAUUUAUGUUGGCGUUUGUUAUAAUUGCUACAGCGUAUUAUAUCAUUACUCCUGGCUACAGUCAGAAACGGAGCAUUUAUGUUGUUCUAAAAGCGACUUUUAGUAUUCUCAUAGGUUGCCUGAUAAUGUUAGGAAAUUUUGGUCAAGAAUGGGAAGUUGGGUACCUAAAUAGUACGACACCUUAUCGCGCCGGUGAAAAGAGUGAAAUUCGGGCAAUAAUGGGAAUAAAAAUCGGACUGCGUUCAGUAAAUAUAACUCUAAAAGGAAUGGGUGAGCGCAAUACUCCUCUUGAGAAAGAACAAAUCAAUUACAACGAAAGAUUCGCUUGGACUUGGGAUCAGGGGAGAAUAGGUUUUGGGCCUUAUGCGGGCCUCGUACAGCGGACUUUUAGAGAGUCUCAAAGGAAAGGACUACCUUUACCAAUUCUUUGGAUAGCAGAAUAUUUUACACUGGAUGGAGAAGGAAUUCGAUUUGGUAGAUUUUAUAGAACUGCAGGAUGGUACACACAUAUUCUUUUAUGGCUUGCCUUACCUACUUGGAUAAUGGCUAAUAUAUUUUUACAAUUAGUCGGACGUUAUGCAGCGUAUUUUAUUGGAAUAACUGGUUCCUUACAGCUGUUAUCUUGCAGCGUGUGGUUCUUGGUCAGAAACCCAUUGCCAUUGAGAAUUCCUUUUGCAGAUGGAGUAAUACAAUUGCAUUAUGGUCCCGAUUUUUGGUUGACCUGUUCUAGCGGAACACUCUGUCUGAUUCUGGCGUUAGUAAUGAUCUUUAUGGACCUUAGAUAUCCUGACGCGCUUUCAGCAUUUCUUGGGAUAGAUCCGCUUAAUCAAUAUGAUGAAUGUAUAAUAAAACAAUCAGAUCUUAACAAUGCAACGCAAAAAACACAUAAAAUGGAUAACGUACUGGAAAUGGAGGAGGCAUCAAAAACGGAAACAAUAAAGCAAAUAAAGGAUGCUAAUGUGGUUGUAAUGAAGAGACGUUCAACGUUGACAAAGGCGCAGAAGAAAACACUUUUGCGUGCUCCGUUGCCAGUACGAAUAGAACAAUAUCCAAAUGAAGAUCCGAUUUACGCGAAUCAAGUCCUCCCGGGGCCAUCACAAGCGUACAACGAACGCUAUCGUAGUACUGAAAAAUUGGUUUCGCCACCGCUUCCACAAAAGCCGUUAAAAAAGAAGAAUCGAAAGUAAAUAAACGAUGCAGUAAUCCUAUAAGCUAUACUAAGGAUAUUUGGAACUAAUUGAAACUAAUGAGUACUCAAUAAAUAUAAUAAUAUAAAAGCAA